CACGGCUCUGAUAGGGUCCUGGACAGAAAACUACCAGCUUGCGGCUUGCCCGUCUUCUUCCAUUGUCCCACACAAAGCUUCUCGAUCCUUCGCGAAACCCAAACCCCCUCCCCUCGCUUCGUCCCCUCCUUCCGCCAAAACCCAGAUCCCGAAGCCCCGCCGCCGCGCCGCAUGGACCAUCCAUGGCGCGUCCCCGCCGGGGCCGGCGCCGACCUCUGCCCGGUCUGUUCCGCGCGCCACUUCCCCUUCUGCCUGCCGCCGCCUCUCCCGCCGCACCCCUUCCCGUAUGACCUCCACCCGCCGCCGCCCCCUCCUCCCCCCCAUCCCUUCCCUUAUGACCCGCCGCCGCCGCCGCCGCCGACGAUGUGGGGCCCUCCGGCUCCUGGGCCGCACGACGCGCGCCCCUACGAGUUCCCCGGCAGGGAGGGGCCCCACAAGCGGAUGCGCGUGGGCGAGGCGCCCCCGUUCGAUCCGUACGGCUUCGCGCCCCCACCCCCGGGAAGGGCUCCGGUGGAGGGCGAUCGGCUGCUUGGCCUGAUCCGGGACCAUGGCCACAACCCACUUCCUGGAUCGGCCUGGCGUGGCGAGCCGUGCCCACCUGAUGGCGGCUUUGGUUACGGAGGAGGCAGAGGCUAUCCUUCUCCAUACCCACGAGGAGGCGAUUUUGAGAAUUUCGGCCAUGCUGGAAGGUUGCCACCUCCAAUGCCAUUGCACGAUAACAAUGGCUUCGGACAAGGUCUUGCACCGGGAGAAGGAUCUCACGGGAGGUAUCUUGAUAGUGCCGAUCACCAUUACCAUCAGUUCCACCCCGAGGCAUUGCCUCAUGUGCCACCACACCCUCCACUGCCUCCAUAUGCGGAGGCAGCAAAUCACAAUGGUUCCUGUGCUUGGCUUCCUGGGGUGGGUGCCGUACCGGCACCGCCAGAGCCUCUAUUUCCCUCUCACCGGGAUUACCAUACUGCGCCACCACGGCCGACUGCAAAUUCAUCGUUGUUUCCUGUCCUUUCCGGUUCUCCAGCUACGGCAGUUAAUCCACCUAGAGCUCACACCUUGCCUCAAGCUCACCUAAUGCCAAAUGCAAACUGUCAUAACAAUGAGGGGUCAGGUUUGAUUUAUCGGCCAUUGUCAGAGCAACACUUGAUAGAUGGAAGGUCAACCAAUGCACAACAUUCUGUGGAAAAUUCCAAGGUCACAAUCAUCAAUGCAUGCGAUCUAUUCAAGCAGCCCCGUCGUGCAUCACGCCCUGACCAUAUUGUUAUCAUCCUCCGAGGGCUUCCAGGUAGUGGGAAGAGCUAUCUUGCAAAGGCAUUACGUGAUCUUGAGGUUGAUAAUGGUGCAAAUGCACCUAGAAUCCAUUCCAUGGAUGAUUAUUUCAUGAUUGAAGUUGAGAAGAAAUUGGAAGAUAAUGAAGGCUCUAAAUCUUCUGGUGCAUCAAAAGGGAGGAGGCAGUUGACCAAGAAAGUGAUUGAGUACUGUUAUGAACCGGAAAUGGAGGAGACCUACAGGUCAAGCAUGUUGAAGGCAUUUAAGAAGACCCUUGAUGAAGGAAAUUUCACAUUUGUGAUUGUGGAUGACCGCAAUCUGCGGGUAGCUGAUUUUGCUCAAUUUUGGGCAACUGCGAAGCACUCAGGCUAUGAGGUGUACUUGCUGGAGGCACCAUACAAGGAUCCAGCGGGUUGUGCUGCAAGAAAUGUGCACGGAUUUACGUUGGAUGAGAUAAAAAAGAUGGCAGCAGACUGGGAAGAGGCUCCACCACUGUAUCUGCAGCUAGAUAUACAUUCAUUAUUCCAUGAUGAUAAUCUUCAUGGCCACUCUAUACAAGAGGUAGAUAUGGACACAGAGGACAGUGAUGAUGAUGCUAAUGAAACUAGUACGACUGCUGAAAACUCAAAGAAGGAUAUACAAGAAGCACCGCAUAAUGAAUCAAAUGAAGGGGAAAAUUGGAACACAGAAGUAGAAGAUGAUCUGGAUGCCUUCAAAGAGCUAGGACAGAGCAAAUGGUCAAAAGAUGUUGAAGAUGACACUGAGAAGACUGAAAAUACGGAAGGAAAUACACAAGCUCUUUCCGGCCUGGCCCAAACAUAUAGCACUCGUCAGAAAAGAGUCAGUUGGGGUGAUCGGCUUGAAAAGGGUGGGUUUUCGAUUGCUGCAACUAAAAGAAAACUCGCUUCAUCACUAGUCAUAGGGCCUGGAUCAGGGUACAAUUUGGUCUCCAACCCCUUGGCAGAAGAUAAUUCCACGGGGAUGAAAGGGAAGACCAACAACGAGACCAAGAAAAGGUUCAGUGAACAACUCCGUGAUGAAGGUCAAUCCUUCAGGGCAGUUUUUGACAAGAGAAAGCAGCGCAUCGGAGUUUUUGAAAAUGGAGACGAUUAGUAGUCCUUGACAGAGAAGCAUAUCAUGUCUGCCCUUGAGUUCUCUGGAUGCCCAAGGUAUGACCUGGAGGGGACAGACGCAGACAGCUCGGAAUCACCGCUUUGUCUCCUCAUCCUCCAGCACAUCACAAUUUUGCGGCUUCCAGUGAUGUGUGGGAUCCAGAUUCUACACUGAUCCCCAUAGUAGCCAUUGGCAUGGUCGAUGGAGAUUAUUAGUUCCAAUGGGUCUGUAAGAUGGUUGCGAUGUGAAUAGGGACCAGGGGCUUGUUUUUUUCAAGGGUAACCCCCAAAGACCAUAGCCCAUAGGAUGUACUGUACCAAUUCAUCAGCCACACUAAAUGGUGGCCAAUAGUUUUUACAUGUAACCGUCACGUAUUUAUCAUGAGGAAAUACUCAUCCAGCUGCCUCUUGGCAACCUUACAUAGUAAAAUGUUCUAGAGUUUGAAUCUGAGGUAUAAA